AUGACGUUCUUUUAUAUCUUUAUAGCGGUCAGUCAGGAAAAUCUAACUUCUUCAAAGUCAGGAACAGCGAACAAGUUUGAUGAAACCAUCACCUUCUCAGCCAGUUCUGAAAGUCAGCCUAAAAGGAAACAAAAACACUGGCAAGAAGAAUUCGUAGAGAAUCAUGCAGGAGAUUCGGGGUCUAUGCAUGUCAUGUUACCUGUCUCAAUAUUGCAGGUAAUUACACUAGCUACCCUUGUGGCCGUUGCCCUUGCCCGUCCUCAAUAUACACCGGCUUAUGGUUAUGGCGCCACAACGCCCUCUUCAGCACCUGCAAAGUAUGACUUCAACUACGCCGUCAACGACCCAACAUCUGGCAACGACUUCGGUCAUCAGGAAGCCCGAGAUGGCCCUAAUACUCAGGGUUCCUACUUCGUCCUCCUUCCCGACGGUCGGCUUCAGAGGGUCACCUACAAUGUGAACAGUGAUUCUGGCUACUUGGCGGAGGUCACCUACGAGGGACAGACCACACUACAACCCUAUACACCCGCCCCUCUUUAUGCGUAGAUACAAUUUGUUUUAGUGGCCGGGUUGUAUAAUUUAUGUAUAUAUAGUUUAAGAAACUA